CUCGGGCCUCGGCGGCGGCGGCGGCGGCGGCGACGACGGCGCCAACCCAGCCGGACCCGACCGGACCCCACCGAACCAUGGCGGCCGAGGAAGGCGGAGGGGGCGCCGGCGGCCCCGACGGGACCAACCGCGAGCGGGGCGGCGGGGCGGGCGCGGCCGCGGCCUUCGAGUGCAACAUCUGCCUGGAGACGGCGCGGGAGGCGGUGGUCAGCCUCUGCGGACACCUCUACUGCUGGCCCUGUCUGCACCAGUGGCUGGAGACGCGGCCGGACCAGCAGGAGUGUCCGGUGUGCAAGGCCAGGAUAAGCCGGGAGAAGGUGGUCCCGCUCUACGGCCGAGGGAGCCAGGAGCCCAAGGACCCCCGAUUGAAAACCCCACCCCGACCCCAAGGCCAGCGGCCGCCCCCCGAGAACCGCGAGGGUUUCCAGACCUUCGGCGAGGCCGGCGGCUUCCACCUCUCCUUCGGGGUCGGCACCUUCCCCUUCGGCUUCUUCACUACCGUCUUCAACACCCAUGAGCCCUUCCACCGCGGCCCAGGCGGAGAGCUGGGAGGCCGGCGCCCGGGUUCCGGCUGGCAGGACUCCCUCUUCCUGCUCCUCGCCAUCUUCUUCUUUUUCUGGCUCCUCAGCAUCUGAGGCCCCAGCCCAGCGUCUCCCCCCACCCCACCCCACCCCCGAUCCCCCAGCCGCCCCGGGGACGGGACCCCCGGUCAUGGGACCCCCCCAAGUCGGCCGGUGCCCCGAGUGGAAGGCGGCCCCAGGAAGAGGCCAAACCCAGAGGAAACCCCUCUCCUGCCCUGCAGCCCUAUGCGGGGGAAGAGUGGGAUCUUAACCCCCGCCUGCCGCGGCCCCUCACCCCCCACCUCUGAGCCUGGGUCCGAAGCUCCUCACUGCCUCCCCACCCCCCAGAUUCUCUUCUCAUUCUUGAUGUAAUUUAAUUUUCCCGUGGGGCAAUCGCAGGGUCCACCUCCCACCCCUCUGCCCCGUCCCCUUGUUUGUAAGAAAUUCAAUUAAAAAAAAAACCCCAAAAUAGGA